ACUCCGGAGCAUAGGCAAAUUAGCCAAAUGCCAGUUAACCAUCAUCACAAUGCGACGUCCGCUCUCCCCAAUAUUGGCCAAAGUUGCCGAGCAGGAGCUAAACGAAACUCCCGAUAGGAUACAACAGGAUAUUAUCAUCUUACGGGUCUGGAUUCGCCAACAGCCGCAUUUGCGUGCCCGCACCGAUGAUGACUUCCUCAUAGCCUUUCUGCGACGUUGUCGCUACAGUCUCGAGGAGACAAAACGUCGCAUAGAUCGUUAUUUUACCUAUUAUAAUCUCUUUCCCGAGAUUAUGAAUAAUCGCUGUGUGACGCAACGACUGUUGGACAUUAAUCGCUUGGGUGUUUGCCUCUAUCCUGAUAUGCCAAAAUGCGAUAAUCGUACGGCCUUAUUUAUUGCACGCUUCGGCCAUUUCGAUCCUAAUCUAUAUAUGUUGCGUGAAAUUUACCAUUUCUCAUCGAUGGCCAUGGAAAUUGUCGCUUUGGAGAACGAUUAUGCAUCUGUGGCUGGCAUUUGUGAAAUAAUUGAUCUUGAGGGAGUCAGCUCGGAUAAGAUGAGACGUUUCGACAAAGUCUUCUUUCGCAAAUGGUGGAAUUGGCUCUACCAUUGUAGUCCUUUAAAGAUUAAGGAAAUGUAUAUUAUCAAUAUGCCCAAGGAUAUACAGAGUACGAUUAUGUUCUUGUAUAAUGUCCUUAGUAUGCAAGUUAACUAUCCGAUACGCGUUUUAAAGUCUAGUGAAGAGUUGUUCGAGCAUAUUGGCAAGGAAUGUCUCCCCGAGGAAUAUGGCGGCACCAAUGGACAUAUGGCCGAGUGUAUUGCCUAUAUGGAGGAUCUGUUGAAUAGCUAUCGUGGUUAUUUUGAACAGGAUUGUCGUUAUGGCACAAUUGAGGAACUACGUCAUGGUGAAAUUGCCACAUAUGAGGCGGAAUUUGGUGCCAGUGGUUCAUUUCGUAAGCUAAACUGGGAUUGACAUUGACAUACAUACACACACACACAUACAUACAUACA